AUGACAUCCCUGCCCCAAACCACAUGUCAAGUCUCCUUUAAUCAGGAUCAGAUUAGACCUGGACCCAGCGCUCAGAUUAGACCUGGACCCAGCGCUCAGAUUAGACCUGGACCCAGCGCUCAGAUUAGAGCUGGACCCAGCGCUCAGAUUAGAGCUGGACCCAGCGCUCAGAUUAGACCUGGACCCAGCGCUCAGAUUAGAGCUGGACCCAGCGCUCAGAUUAGACUUGGACCCAACGCUCAGAUUAGACCUGGACCCAGCGCUCAGAUUAGACCUGGACCCAGCGCUCAGAUUAGACCUGGACCCAGCGCUCAGAUUAGACCUGGACCCAACGCUCAGAUUAGACCUGGACCCAACGCUCAGAUUAGACCUGGACCCAACGCUCAGAUUAGACCUGGACCCAACGCUCAGAUUAGACCUGGACCCAACGCUCAGAUUAGAGCUGGACCCAGCGCUCAGAUUAGAGCUGGACCCAGCGCUCAGAUUAGACCUGGAGCUAAAGCUCAGAUUAGACCUGGAGCCAACGCUCAGAUUAGACCUGGAGCCAGCGCUCAGAUUAGACCUGGAGCCAGCGCUCAGAUUAGACCUGGACCCAGCGCUCAGAUUAGACCUGGACCCAGCGCUCAGAUUAGACCUGGACCCAGCGCUCAGAUUAGACCUGGACCCAACGCUCAGAUUAGAGCUGGACCCAACGCUCAGAUUAGACCUGGACCCAGCGCUCAGAUUAGACCUGGACCCAACGCUCAGAUUAGACCUGGACCCAGCGCUCAGAUUAGACCUGGACCCAGCGCUCAGAUUAGAGCUGGACCCAGCGCUCAGAUUAGAGCUGGACCCAACGCUCAGAUUAGAGCUGGACCCAACGCUCAGAUUAGAGCUGGACCCAGCGCUCAGAUUAGAGCUGGACCCAGCGCUCAGAUUAGAGCUGGACCCAGCGCUCAGAUUAGAGCUGGACCCAGCGCUCAGAUUAGAGCUGGACCCAGCGCUCAGAUUAGACCUGGAGCUAAAGCUCAGAUUAGACCUGGACCCAGCGCUCAGAUUAGACCUGGACCCAUCGCUCAGAUUAGAGCUGGACCCAGCGCUCAGAUUAGAGCUGGACCCAACGCUCAGAUUAGAGCUGGACCCAGCGCUCAGAUUAGAGCUGGACCCAGCGCUCAGAUUAGAGCUGGACCCAGCGCUCAGAUUAGACCUGGACCCAGCGCUCAGAUUAGAGCUGGACCCAGCGCUCAGAUUAGAGCUGGACCCAGCGCUCAGAUUAGACCUGGAGCUAAAGCUCAGAUUAGACCUGGACCCAGCGCUCAGAUUAGACCUGGACCCAGCGCUCAGAUUAGAGCUGGACCCAGCGCUCAGAUUAGAGCUGGACCCAGCGCUCAGAUUAGACCUGGACCCAGCGCUCAGAUUAGAGCUGGACCCAGCGCUCAGAUUAGACCUGGACCCAGCGCUCAGAUUAGAGCUGGACCCAACGCUCAGAUUAGAGCUGGACCCAACGCUCAGAUUAGAGCUGGACCCAGCGCUCAGAUUAGACCUGGACCCAGCGCUCAGAUUAGACCUGGACCCAGCGCUCAGAUUAGACCUGGACCCAGCGCUCAGAUUAGAGCUGGACCCAGCGCUCAGAUUAGACCUGGAGCUAAAGCUCAGAUUAGACCUGGACCCAGCGCUCAGAUUAGACCUGGAGCUAAAGCUCAGAUUAGACCUGGACCCAGCGCUCAGAUUAGAGCUGGACCCAGCGCUCAGAUUAGAGCUGGACCCAGCGCUCAGAUUAGAGCUGGACCCAGCGCUCAGAUUAGACCUGGACCCAGCGCUCAGAUUAGAGCUGGAGCUAAAGCUCAGAUUAGACCUGGACCCAGCGCUCAGAUUAGACCUGGACCCAGCGCUCAGAUUAGAGCUGGACCCAGCGCUCAGAUUAGAGCUGGACCCAACGCUCAGAUUAGAGCUGGACCCAGCGCUCAGAUUAGAGCUGGACCCAGCGCUCAGAUUAGAGCUGGACCCAGCGCUCAGAUUAGAGCUGGACCCAGCGCUCAGAUUAGACCUGGACCCAGCGCUCAGAUUAGACCUGGACCCAGCGCUCAGAUUAACUCAAAUCCUCUAGUUUGAGGCCAUAAAACCGUAACCAUAGAAUCCAACAUGAUAAACGUCUGAAGGGUCAAAGGUCAGGGCUUCUGUGCUCUGAUUGGCUGCUGAGACCGGUGUCAGACACUUGGAGGAAGGUGUACGUGUCAGAGCCAAUGAGCAGUGACCUUGACCCAGUAGGUCAUCGUCCAGUCAGGUGACUGACUGAUCAGUAGGCCAGCAGCCAGGUGUUGGUUUGACUCAGCUUCAGCUUAUGACUAUUUAUUAAAUAUUACUAGUUUUUAAUUAUUAGUUAUUCCUUUUUAUUUUUUGUGUUGAGGAAUUAUUGUUAUUAGUGUUAUUUAGUUAUUAUUAUUAGUUAUUGUUAUGUAUUAGUUAUAAUUGUACAGCAUCUGUAUUUCAUUAAACAGUCUGAGGGACUGUCGGUUCUGCUGUUUGAUUACAGAACCAAAGGAGAACUACACAAACCAGCACUUAUUAUUGGGUUAGUAUUCGGUUAUUAUUAGGAUAUAGUUUGGUUAUUUCUCCUGUUUUUAGUCUAACUUCCAGUUGGAUGAUUUCAUCUGUUUCUAUUUAUUCUGUUUCUAUUUAUUCAGUUUUUCUUUAUUGUGUUUUUAUUAACCACGCCGAAGGGUACGUCGGCGGGGUUAUUGCAUUUGGUGCGGUAUCUGGCUGGGUAAGUAUGUCUGUAUGUAUGUGGCUAUGUCCGUUCCGAUAUCUCUGCAACCGCUGAAGUCAGGAUAAUCAAACUUGGCACUGAAGAUCAGUCUAAGGUCCCCUGCUCAGUUGUGAAGUUACAGGUCAGCAGAUCAAGUAUGGAGGGAGAUACGUACGAUGAUCAAAAUUGAUACAUAUUGCAUCGGUUGUAUAGGGAGGACAGGGUUUUCGCCAGCAGAGGGCGUGGUUCUGCCCUCUACUGAGGGCUCAUCUAGUUCAUUCUCUUUUUCUUUUUUCUGUUUUUCUUUAUUGUGUUUUUAUUGAUUCUGUCGUAAGUCUCUGGUGGUUCUGCAGGUCCGGCUGGUCUAGUUCUUGUACCACAAUUCUGGUUCUGGACAAAACCACCUCUAUGUUCCAAAUUAAGACUGAUGCUGACUCGCUCAAACAGAACAUGUGUUGCCGACGGCAACAGACGGUCUUCUCGUUAAUGUUAACGACGCUGUGAUCUAAUUGGCUGAAAGCAGAAAGCAGCUCAGAGCGCUCUGAUUGGUCAGUUCUGCUUCCUGUAGCCUCGGGGCUUGACAGCCAAUCAGAUUACAACAGGGCGUCUGCUUGGUGAUGUCACACCGUUACCUUAGUUACGGCUCAGCAGCCGGCUGGUUAGUGCUGUGAUGUCACCGGCGUUCAGUCUGAGUCUGAGUUUGGAUGAGUCGACAUCAGCGAGAGGACAGAGAAGCUCCGGUCAGUCUGCAGGCGUGUUCAGGCGUGUUCAGGCGUGUUCAGGCGUGUUCAGGCGUGUUCAGGCGUGUUCAGGCGUGUUCAGGCGUGUUCAGGCGUGUUCAGGCGUGUUCAGGUGUGUGUUCUGGCAUGUGUUCUGUAGGGGUGUAACGGUACACAAAAAUUUCAGUUUGGUUCUCAGUUAAGGGGAAAAAUGGAAUAAAAAACCUGCUGAUAUCAGAGCUGGUCUGACUUUCUGGCUGAAAUGUGGAUGAGAAAGAACUUCAUAACGGGCUCUAUCACCUAAAGUAGGAAAUGGAUUUUAAAGUAAUUGCUUUUAAAAAAACAAAACAAAAAACAUUUAGUUAGGCUCCUGUUUACCAGCAUAAAUAUACUAGUAGGCUAAAAAAAAAUACACCAUCAAGUCAUUUAUCUGUAGCAAAGAGCAGUAAUGUAAAGUUAACAUAAGCUGACCUUCAUCAGAAGUUUAAAACCUCAGUUCUGAACAACGGAGUAUGGCCGUAGAUCUGCUGCUAUGAAAACACCAUGGACUUGGUUAUUGCUUUAGCCCGUUCUGAAAUGCUAGGCAGGGUUUGAUGAAAUGAUGCUGGGAGCAUCGUUUGUACAGUUCUCUGUUUUUUCCUAGCAGUGGGGAUAGCUACACUUGGAAGGAGCUUUUUCUAAUGUGUGUCUAAGUUUGACGUGUUGCUGGAUGCACAGCUGAGGACCGCUUCAGUGUCGGCGUACGGCUUUCAUCUUGUCCACUUGUUCUUCUACUUUUUCAUACUUCACUGGGAAACCGAAGUGAUCCCAAACUGGUGAUUUUAAUGAUGCCGGAGCAUCUUCCAGCUCUAGCUUCUUCUCAUUGUUGCUAGCAUUAGCCAUGAAAUGCCGACAGGAGAAUAAACGAUCCGUCACAUCCUGUGGCUCCCUGGAAACUCCUGCUUUUUUUCUUUAGUUCCACAAUACUGCGUGACUGUGAGCCAGAGAAGAUCCACCGCAGCUGUGGGCACUAUGAAGUUUUAGGUUUAAAACGACUGUGUACAUUCUUAAUAGUCUUAAAAUGUUCAUAUCACGGUACGCUACCGUACCGAACGGUUCGGUACGAGUAAGUGUACCGUUAUACCCCUAGUGUUCAGGCGUGUGUUCAGGUGAAUGCUGCUGCUUGUAUCUUUCUAUUAAUGGCUGUUCCCUGGAUGUGGUUCUCGUUCCUGAUGAUCCACCAGAGGGACCUUUAAGAUCCUUCUGGGUCCCUGUAGUGCUCAAGGAGAUCAGAACUAACCAGGACCAAUGAUUGCUCACACUAGGAUACAUCUCAUGAUACUGCUGAUUUUGUUU